GAUUUAGACUGAGAGGUCAUGUUGUCAAGAGUGCAUUCCGCUGUGCACAAAUGUCUCCUGCAAAUACCUGGCACACGACAAGCGACGGAGGGGGGGGGGGGACCAAAAAGGACAUUUCAAUUUGAAUAGAGACACUUAAGAGAGUCCACUGCCCCGCCCGGCUGGCGUUGGCGGGAAAAGAUAACCACCGUACCCAACUCUGAAGGUGCUAUGGCCAACAAGAGGUGAUGCCUUUGGUGAAGAGAACCAUAGAACCUCGGCACGUGUGCCACACUGCAGUGCCCGAUGGGAUUGGCAGUGAGCUGGAAUGUAUGAACAACAACACGUUGUCUGCCAUCAUCCGUCAACUCAGUAGUCUGAGUAAACAUGCGGAAAAUGUCUUUGGGGAUCUUUUCAACGAAGCCAACGUCUUCUACACACGUGCAAACUCUCUCCAGGACCGCAUCGACCGCUUGGCAAUCAAGGUCACCCAGCUAGAUUCCAAUGUGGAAGACGUUUCUCUUCAGGCCAUAAACCUGAGAAAGGCGUUCAAAAGCUCGACUAUCCAGGACCAGCAGGUGUUGUCCAGAUGCAGCGCUCCAAGCUCGGUGGCUGAGAUGUACGACAUCAGCGACCAGCCUCCUCCGCUCAACGACCUCACCACUUACAGAGAGGACAACACUGACGCCAUAAAGUUCUACUCAGACCCUUCAUACUUCUUUGAAUUAUGGAAGGAGAAGAUGCUACAGGACACAGAGGACAAGAGGAAAGAAAAGAGGAGGCAAAGAGAGCAGAAGCGAUGCGUGGAAAGCAGCACCCUCCAGCAGCAGGUGAAGAAAGUGAGGAAAGCUCGAAACCGAAGACAAGAGUGGAACAUGAUGGCAUUCGACAAAGAGCUCCGCCCAGAUCACCGCCACCCGCAGACGCUACGGCGAGGGGCGUCUUCCGAGGGCUCACUCUCCCCAGAGGGCAGGCCUGACCUUCCAGAGUACCCUGUCCCCCCUGUGCCAGUCCACAGUGCUUCUAAUGUCAAGCCACUUGGGAAUGUGCAGUCCUCCCCACCUGUGGAGCACGAGUACCACAGUAUUGACAUCAACUAUAAGAGAACAAGCACAGUAGAAGCUACAGAGAAGAUGAAUGGUUCAGCACGUGCGUCAGAAGAUUACAACUGUACCCCACCUCCAGUUUCACCAGGCCCACCCAUCCCCUCAGCCCAGACAGCCUUUGCUUUCCCUCCACCAGCAGCUCAUAACGGAGCCACCACGCAAAUAGGCCCUGGUUAUCCUCUUCCGCCUGUGCCUCCACCAGGACCUCGCAUGGCUCCUUCUCCCCCGUGUCCACCACCUCCACUUCAUCCACCGCCAGCUGCCCCCUCUCACCUUUCCGGACUGGGUAGAAGUGUCAGAGCUGAAUCAAAACCAGUGAAUGCAAGAAGCGAUCUACUAUCUGCGAUCCGCAUGGGCAUCCAGCUGAAAAAAGUGCAAGAGCAGCAAGAGAUGCAGAGCAAGCAUGACCCAGUGGGGAAUGAUGUGGCUACCAUUCUGUCAAGGCGCAUUGCAGUUGAGUACAGUGACUCUGAAGACGACUCAGAACUGGAUGACAACGAAUGGUCAGACUGAAGACAGUGCAACUGAAGAGACUUUUAGGAGAAUAUUUUUGACAUAUGUAUCCUCAUGUCUUUGGAAGAACAAUGUGUUUGGAAGCAGAUACAAUGAUCUUCAUUGCCCACAUUUUAGCCCAACCCUUUGUGAAGCCCCAUUCAUGGCACACUGCAGCACUGAAAUGAAACACCUAUGCUUCAGUGACGUGUUUGCAGGGAGCAUCCAAAAUGUAUGAACCAAUGCAGUAACACUACUAGUUGUGUCUAAAUGUGUUUCUCCCAGUAUACAAGUGUUUCAUUUCAGUUCUUGUGCUAGUAACUGAUUUUUCUGUGGUAUGUUUUUCAGUAUUCCCUAAAAAAUACUGUAUUGUGAUAACCUACCUGUAUUUCUUCUUUUCUCUAUUUUUAAAUUGAAAUACGGUACUGCACUGAAUACACAGGUGAUAGAAUGUGAUUCCUGCAGUUAAUUUCUAGCAAUGACCAAAUAUGCAUUGCUGGUUGUAAUUAGAAAUGAAUAAUCAUAUAAAUAAAAAGCUGUGCUUUAUAUAUUC